AUGUCUGGGGUACGUCUAGCUGGAACAGCUCUCCGUGAGCUCCGUAUUCACCUCUGCCAAAAGAGUACUGCCUCAGCUGGUGUUCGUUCUUUCAUCGAAAGUGACUAUGUUGCUAUCAAGAAAGCCAACCCUAACUUCCCAAUCUUGAUUCGCGAAGCCUCCGGAAUAGCCCCAAGAGUUUUUGCCAGAUAUGAACACGGUGUUGAAAGAUCAGUGCAAUUGCAAGAUGCUACCAAAGAGAAUGUUCUUUCUGCUAUUAAGGACUUGGCUAGCAAACAGUAA